GUUGGCCAGGAUAUCCCGGCUGUCCUGGUUUUUCAGGUGAUCCAGGUUGCCCAGGAUAUCCAGGUUGUGACGGAGUUCCUGGUAUUCCAGGUGUUCCAGGUUGGCCAGGUGCUCCAGGUUGGCCAGGUGUUCCAGGUUGGCCAGGAUAUCCCGGCUGUCCCGGUUUUCCAGGUGAUCCAGGUUGCCCAGGAUAUGUAGGUUGUAAUGGAGUUCCAGGUAUUCCAGGUAUUCCUGGUGUUCCUGGUGUUCCAGGUUGGCCAGGAUAUCCUGGCUGUCCUGGUUUCCCAGGAUACCCUGGUUGAC